AUGAGCGUCAUCGUGCUACUCGUCCUCCAGGUGAUCAUAUAUCAACACGUGAGAUGUCAAGGAGGUGGUGGGCCAAGUACAUUCGGAUACGAUGCAUCCUCAGCGUGCAGCAAACCGUAUUCGCGUUCGAGUCGCGCGCGAUUCGCGAAUCUGCCCUGCGAUUUUCGACGACAGAACUGGUGCGCGAUUGCCGGAAGUGCUUAUCCAUGGCACGCUGUUCGACGUUUCGUACAAGAGAAUCAAGGAUUAAUGAGACGAAUGUACGGAGACGAGAGACACAUUAAUGUACUGAGAGCAGAAUUCGAAAAAAAUGACAUAGAAUUAAAAAAUGACGAAUAUUACCACCACUUUUCCGACGAACACAGAAAAUAUCAAUAUUCUCACGAUUACGAGUACUUCGAAAACGAAGAAAACUUAAGAAACGACGACGAGUACGAGCGACGAGGCUUCACGAGCAGAUCGUUCAACGACAAUGGCGGCAAACGAUCGAACAAAUUUCCAAAAUUGAGCGAGUACACGAGACCUCACUUCCGACCAACCGAGAAAUCCACUUCGACUACCACAACGACGACAGCGACCUCUACGAUCACCGUUUCGUUGGUCACUGAAACGCCAUCCGCGCCAUCUACAUCCCCAGCGGCCAUUUUGGUACCGCGUGAAUCUACAACGAUCUCAGUGAACGAUACAAACGACGCUAAAACUGAGAACAGCGACGAAACAUCGUCGAUUAUGGCUCCCCAGGUCGUCAGGGAGCAGAAUUUCAGCCUAAACGAAAUUCCAGAGCAACUGGACAAGAUGGAGGAGGAACUCGAGGAAAUGGCGGACGUUUCAGAGGCCCCGGACAUAGAUUUCGAGGAAACUUCGACUGUUAGUUUGCCAGGAAUGACGGAACUGCCUGCUGAGCUCGAUAUCAGCGGAGACCUGUUUGCCACGCCGAAAGAAACGACUGUUGAGGAGACUUCCAGCUCGAACGAGCAACAGGAGUUCAAACCUCGACCGGAAUAUCGACCGGCGGGCAAGCCGGAAGCCUCCUCUUCCAUGGAGGGGCAGCUGUACCAGGACGUAGCCGCGAAAGAUCAACAGGAACAACCGGUUCUGAAACUCAGAGGAGUGAAUGCUUGUCCUGUGAAGGAGGAGGUCGUUGCACCCUUCUGGGCAAACAACACAAGAGGGGAAGUUUUGGCGCUGUUGAAUCUCUACCCCUUUGAACAAUACGUCCACUGGGAAAAAUGCACUCAUGAGAACAAACAGAUGUACUGCAGAGACGGAUGCAGAUGCGAGCAACAAUACAGACUCCACAGACUGUUGGCUUACGAUCCAAAUAACGAGUGUCGUGGCAUCUUCAGCGACUGGUUCAAGUUCCCAAGCUGUUGCGUGUGUCGUUGUUACGAUUUGCCCCUCGAAUUUCGCGUAACUUCUCGAUCCCCCCGAAUGCAAAAACGAGUUAAAGUUCGUCCACCUCGUAGUCGCUAUUCCUAA